UUCUAAAUAAGUCCACACAAGGUAGAAGUAGAACCAAAAGUACAGCUGGUGAUUAAUCAGUGAAACUUACAUUAUUCUGAUCGUUAGAAGCCAUGGUGAGGAACACGGAACCCCAGCUGUGGGUUCGGCUAGCUCUCUUCUCCACGCUUGCUGCAAUUGUAAAUGCCGACUUCCCAUCAUGGAGUUCGUGGCUGCCCUACUCGUAUAAUUCACCACCACCACCUCCUCCUUAUACAUAUGCAUCACCCCCGCCACCUCCACCUUACAAGUAUGUGUCGCUGCUGCCGCCUUAUAAGUAUGAGUCGCCACCACCUCCUCCUUAUGUGUAUAAAUCCCCACCACCACCACCCUACAAGUAUGAGUCACCACCACCACCGCCAUAUGUAUACAAAUCUCCUCCACCACCACCUUAUAAGUAUGAACGCCCUCCACCCCCGCCCUACAAGUAUGAGUCACCACCACCUCCAUAUAUUUACAAAUCUCCACCACCACCGCCUUACAAGUAUGAGUCGCCUCCACCCCCGCCGUACAAGUAUGAGUCGCCUCCACCACCACCAUAUGUUUACAGAUCUCCUCCACCACCACCUUAUAAGUAUGAGUCACCACCACCGCCUCUAUAUGUAUACGAAUCUCCACCACCUCCACCUUACAAGUAUGAGUCACCUCCGCCUCCACCCUACAAGUAUGAGUCACCACCACCGCCUCCAUAUGUUUACAAAUCUCCCCCACCACCACCGCCAUAUGUUUACAAAUCUCCUCCACCACCACCUUACAAGUAUGAGUCACCUCCGCCCCGACCCUACAAGUAUGAGUCACCACCGCCGCCUCCAUAUGUUUACAGAUCUCCUCCACCACCACCUUACAAGUAUGAAUUACCUCCACCCUCUCCAUAUGUUUACAAAUCUCCUCCACCCCCACCUUACAAGUAUGAAUCGCCACCACCACCACCUUAUAAAUAUGAAUCAUCCAAAUCGCCACCACCCCCACCCUACAAAUAUGAAUCACCACCACCACCUCCAUAUGUUUACAAAUCUCCACCACCACCCCUUUACAAGUAUGAGUCACCUCCACCGCGACCCUACAAAUAUGAGUCACCACCACCGCCUCCAUAUAUUUACAUAUCUCCUCCUCCACCACCACCACCCUACAAGUUUGAGUCACCACCUCCACCGCCAGUUUACUAUUAGAGCUUUCAGCCCCCUCCACCACCAUCACAUUAUUUAUAACCUUACAUCAAUGUCGCGUCUCAAACAACAGUUGGUCUUUCAUGUUUUCCAGUCUUUGUCAACAAUUCCAUCUACAAAUAAAGUUCUUUCCCUCUCCUAUUAU